AACUUAUUGUGAUCGCCUCUGUCGGUUCCCUGGGCCAGUCUGGGUACUACCGUUGUUGAAGACAGUACACAAUCACCAUGGCACCCGUCCUCGGCUACUGGAAGAUUCGCGGUAUCGCGCAGUCGAUCCGGCUGAUGCUCGAGUACACGGGCACCGAGUUCGAGGACAGGUACUACGAGUGCGGACCCGCGCCGCUCUUCGAUAAGUCCAGCUGGCUCGACGAGAAGGACGACCUCGACCUGGAGUUUGCUAAUCUCCCGUACUACAUCGACGGCGACGUUCGCAUCACCCACGCCAACGCCAUCAUGCGGCACCUCGCCCGCAAGCACGACCUGUGCGGCGGCGACGAGAAGGAGCGAAUUCGCGUCGACAUGAUCGAGAACCAAGCCAAUGACUUCAGGAACACGUUCAUCAGGCUCUGCUAUCUCGACUUUAACAUGCAGAAGCACCGCUACCUCGAGGCCCUUCCUCAGACACUCAAGCAAUUCUCACAGUUCCUUGGGAAUAACCCUUGGUUCGCCGGGGACAAGAUUACCUUUGUGGACUUCAUCAUGUACGAACUCCUCGACCAACACCUGCAACUAAGCGACAUCUGCCUGAAGGACGUCAAGAACCUUCAGGAGUUUCAGAAACGCUUCGAAGGUCUCGAACCCAUCCAGCGGUACAUGGCGUCUCCGAGGUUCAUGAGGUCUCCCAUAAACAACAAGAUGGCCAAGUUUGGAGCGCAAUGAUUGUUUCUUUUGUAUUUCUUGAGUCUAGUCUAAUAUAUAUUUUUUAUACGAACCUGAAAUGGUCUUUCUCUGAGCUGUCGUUUGCUUCAUCUUAUUUGUGAAUAUUGUUUUGUUGAUGUUGCUUAUAUAAGUAAUGUUAAUGUUUGUUAUGAUCUCUUUUACUGUGUCUUGUCAUUACAAUCAUUCUAAUUAUUAUUAUUGGUAACAACAGCAUCAUCA